GCGCCGGGCGCGGGGCGGCGGAGCCGGGGCGGCCGCGGCCGCAGCGCGGAUAUGGAUAACAAGAAGGAUGAAAAAACCAGGACGCUGUGCGCGAGCUCAGAAGGGCUGAAGGCCCGAGGAAAAGAAAAAAGGAAACGAAAGCGUAGCAGAAGCAGAUCCUCAUCUGUUUCAUCCACCUCGUCUUCUAGCAGUACAUCCGCUUCUUCCUCCUCAUCACGGUCAUCAUCAAGGUCAUCUUCUUCUAGCAGUAGUAGAGAUUCUCCUAAGUCUAAGUCAAAGAAGAAGAAAAAAGAAAAACACAACAAAAAGAAAAGGAAAAAGGAGAACAAAAUGAAGAAAAGGAAAGAAAAGAAGAAAAAGAAAGAGAAAACAGGACCUGUCCAGCUUUCCAAGUUCUUCAAAAACAAAAAGAAGAAUGAAAACUACAGCAUGAUAACUGGAAAGAAAAUUAAGAUGAAAAUAAAGAAGACUAAGGAAGAUAUAGAAAGAGACCGGAACCGUGCACAGCUCCUGGAAUUUCUGAACUCUGCCUUGUAACGGGAAGAGUGCUCACCAAGGACUGGUAGAUGUACCAAGCCACCCAUCAUCCUAGCAGAACACUAAAGAGAAACUCAGGGAAAAGGACACCGAGUUGGACAAGAUCAGACCCUCCUACUGAGAAGAAAAUUGGGAUGUCCUUUUUUAAUGGCAAAACAGAGAGUAGCUAAUAACUCGUUAAUGGAGAUCCACAUCCUCCUUUUGAGAUCCUAAGGUAAUAGCCAGGCUGUGGUGUUUCAGAAAAGCCCGAGCGUGUGUUGUUCACAGUGAUAAGAAAUAACACACUGAAGUCCAGCAAUGUAAUUUCUAUCCUAACUGCAUGCAGAAUGCACUCUUGAUGUCAAGUGUCUUAAUUUUUCUAGUAGUUUAAGCAGAGUAUUUGUAAAUGUCUAUUUGAAAGAUGAGGUGUUUCUUUUAUGUAUAUUUUUUUUCUGGUAGUGGUUACGCUUAUCCUGAAGAGCAUACUGACCUUUGUAAAUAGAACAUCAUUUUACAUAAACGAAUUUUUUUUUGAAAGUCCA